UGUUGCAUAUCCUCUAUUAGUCUGUGGUCUGUCGUAAAAAACCUGAAAAUUGAAAAACACCUAUCAUCAAAUCAACCUUUGAUUUUUUAUUAUUUUUUGAUAAAGUGCUUGAGCUUGAGUACAGAAAAAUGUGGUUAAAUCAUAAUAAAUAACUAAUAUUAAGUGCUAAUGUUAUCAAUUGCGCAUUUAACAUAUAUUAUACAUAAUCACACGUAGCCAUGUACUCGUUCGAAGGGGAUUUUAGGCGCAAACCGCAACAAAAUCUAGCAGGCGCAAGUGCUCAACGAAAAACUGACAGGGACGCACUAAUCCUGCAGUCACAACAACAAAGACAGAAACGAGAGGAGCACAGAAAACAACUACACAGUGCUAUAAAAAUUCAGGCAUUUGUACGAAGCUAUUUAACGAGGAAACAUUGUAAACAACUGGAGAGGGAAGAGUUUGAUAAUAUCUUCUCUAAAUGUGAUGCUGAGAAUCAAAGCUUAAUGUCUUGGCUUCUGGCUAAAAUUCUAUUCUUCUAUGAUGACCAAAAGGAUUGUGCUAGAUUGGUUUCUAUAUCACAACUGCUACUUAAACAGUGGAAAAGGGUAUUUCAAAGCGGUGGUUCUUCAAUACAGAUAAGACGACUCCUUGCAUUGCAUCUUCGGCUAUUGAAAGAUGAAAGCAAGGUACCACUGGCUGUUCCACUUAGAAUGUUUGAAGUAUUCACUUCUACUAGCUCCGCUGAAACAUCUAUGACAUGCAGUGAAGCUGUCAAUAUUAUAGGAACAACAUUUUUAUACUUAGUUAAAAGAGGCUACUUCAAGGACUUACGUCUUCUGCUGUGUCAGAAAACACCACCAUUGUAUGGGCCUUCGCCCAAUCCACCUACACCACUCUGCGGAGCCUUGUUAGAUCUCAUACAGAGACCUCUUUAUCUAACCUCGCAGAUCAAUGUACCUGAAUACAGCGAUACAGUCAUGACCGAGUUCACCGCAGCAUUCCUAUGUAACCCAUACCCAGAGCCGGUAGAGAUGUUCAUAUUGCCGGCCCUCACGAGUGAUCCUAACAAGCGAUUCCCAUUUUUGGCUUUGUUACAUUGUUUAUAUAUGGACAAGUUUAGUUCGGGACGAUUAGUCAACGAUUCUUGGUUAUUGCAUUCCAUUUUAACACUAGAACCACCGGACUUCGCGAACAGUUUACUCAAAAUAGACAACACAAGACUGCCACAUAAUCGAAUUGUACUAGAAUAUUUGAAAAUCGUAGCAAAAUUAACCGUCAAUGUAUGCAAUAAGCAGAUAACAUACGAUUACGAGGACUCCUUGUACAGCCAAGAGACAGCGGCCGAUAACGACGAUGAUAGCGACAGUGACAAUGAGCCCAACCCGACGUCAAUACGUGAGCAAAUGUUGCUCACUAAAUGCAUAGAGCUGUUGAAUGAACCUGAUCGCUGUAUAAUGGUCACUUGCUCUCAUAUUACUGAGAGCGAUUUGUGUGAUGAAUUCCUCGAUAGCGUGUCGAAGAUAUGUCAUAAUCUACUUCUAAGUCAUAGGAUGGCGUUACAUAAGUAUAGGUUACUAUACACAUUAGCAUUUAAGCCAAUCUUCUUGCGUGAUCUUUGGCAGUGGCUCAGCAAUAUGAGCCACGAAUCCUCAUUCGGGGGAUCAGCCACCCCGUUGCUAUCCGCGCUGUCCCGCGGUAUGGGGGCAGAUACAUCUGUUAUGGGGGUUCACAAACUGUUGGCGCCGUUGGCAGUCUUCUGUGCAUUGUUCUCUCUGUUAAUUGGCACUCUACACGACACGGAGUUCUUCAGGGACACGCAUGGGGGUGAAAAAAUUAACAUAAUGAGUUCGUCUAGUGCGAAUUCUGGGCGAGCCCAUGCAUUUGCUUUCUCGGAGCUGGGAGGUUUAUGUCGCACGCUUAAACAAGUGUGCCUCGGAUUGGUGGAGCUCGCCUAUCCAGAGUACAGACCGUCUGUGAUUGGACAAUACAAGGACGCUGUGGGGACCUAUCAGCUAGAACUGUCUGAUAAGAACCAAACGCCCGCAUGGGCGCAUUUAUUUAAAGUAUGCACGCAACUUCUACGCGCGCUGUACGCCCGCGACGCGAGAUUGGGGUUCUGCAGCACACUGUGUGGGUGGGGCGUGGGUGGCGCGCACCCCGGCAGUCCAGUCAGCGACGCGUGGAUAGCGGCGGGGCCGGUGGUGCCGGGCGACGGCGCGGAGGCCGCGCUGGCCGCCGCGCGCACGCCCCGCUCCGCCCGUCCCUACCGAGCUUAUGUACCCAGGCUGGCGCAGUCCGACCAUGAUGAGGGUCCUCCAUUUACAAUCAAAGAACUGAGAACUGUUACAAUAUUGAGAGAAAUUCCAUUCGUCGUACCGUUUUCAACAAGGGUAUUGAUAUUUCAAGGUCUUCUAAUCAGGGAAAAACAUGAGCACUGGUACGAAAUGACGAACUUUAAUGAGGGUCCCUCAAUAAUCAUAAGUGUUCGACGUACGCAUUUAUAUGAGGAUGCAUUUGAUAAACUUAGUCCUGAUAAUGAGCCCGACCUGAAGCUGAAACUUCGCGUGCAACUAAUAAACCAGGCAGGCGCAGAAGAACUUGGUGUAGAUGGAGGCGGCUUAUUUAGAGAAUUCCUUUCCGAGCUUUUAAAAUCCGCUUUUGAUCCCAACCGAGGCUUGUUUCGUCUUACCAAAGACAACAUGUUGUACCCGAACCCGGGAGUGCAUUUGUUGUAUGAUGAUUUUCCUAUGCAUUAUUACUUCGUUGGAAGAAUAUUGGGAAAGGCUUUAUAUGAAAAUCUCCUAGUAGAACUACCUCUAGCGGAAUUCUUCCUAGCGAAAAUGUGUUCUACUCGGGAGCCAGAUGUCCACGCACUGGCGUCUUUGGACCCCGCCUUGUACAGGGGUCUACUGAUGCUGAAGUCGCAUAGGAGAGAGGAUGUUCCUGACCUAGGCUUGGACUUUACCAUUGUUAGCGAUGAAUUAGGAGAGCAGAGGAUAGAAGAAUUAAAACCGGGCGGUGCAAACAUUCCUGUGACAGCUGAAAAUAGGAUAGAAUAUAUUCAUCUUGUUGCUGACUACAAAUUGAAUAGACAAAUAAGGGCCCAAUGCAACGCAUUCAAACGCGGGCUCACGUCGGUGGUGAACGCGGAGUGGCUGCGGAUGUUCUCGUGCCGGGAGCUGCAGCUGCUGAUAUCGGGCGCGGAGGUGCCUAUCGACAUCGAUGACCUGCGGACGCACACGCAAUAUGGCGGCGGGUUCUCGGAGACGCACCCUACGGUGCAGUGCUUCUGGCGCGUGCUGGAGCAGUUCACGGAUGAGCAGCGGCGGCAGCUGCUCAAGUUCGUCACCAGCUGCUCCAGGCCGCCGCUGUUAGGAUUCAAGGAUUUACAACCACCAUUCUGCAUUCAGUCCGCGGGCGCGACAGACCGCCUGCCGUCCGCUUCGACUUGUAUGAAUCUUUUGAAGAUCCCGGAGUACCACUCGGAACAUUUGAUGUCCGAAAAGCUCCUGUAUGCGAUACAGUCCGGCGCGGGCUUUGAACUGAGCUAAGUAAAUCUAUUCAAGAGGAAUUGGUGUACCAACUUUUAUACAUAAAACAAAAUAUACCUAUUUCGCGAUAUACUAUUUAUAUACGGCCGUUAAUCUCAAUGUGAUAAACUAAGCUCCUAGUGUAGUAGGAACAUAUAUGUAAAUAAAUGUUACUUGAUUUCAUCGUCGUAUUUUUUUUAUGACGUUCUUGCUCAUACUAAAAUUUACAAAAUGUAGAGAUAUUUUUCGACUCUGUGAUGUAAUACUCAGAUAGGAGUAACGACACGUUUUUAGUUUGUGUUUGAAUUUUGUAUCUUUGUAAAUAAAUGUAGAAUAACAGUAAGUCAGAUUUAUCUUCUGGAGGCUGUAUGGGUAGAACGCAUACAAAUAUCAAAAAACCAUUGUGAUGGCUGUAGCGAAUGUUUUAGACCAGUUUAAAUUAUUAAUCUCACCUGAAAGUGUCAAAUAAAUUUGUUAAAACUUUA